AUCGACAAAUAAUCGACACAGCUGAUGCGGUAAUGAUGGAUUAGCUAUCCUGUGCGUCGUUUGACCGAUAGUAAUCUCACAGUAAGGGCAUCAUUGGCGUUCCUCUCCUCCUGUUUCGCCGGUGGGCGGAGAGUCCUAAAAAACACUACAAAUUCACAUCUGGACCAUCUGCACCCAUCUCAUCUCAUUUUUGUCAUUGUCCCUAGAAGGAGCUGCUAGAAAUAAAGAUGACAACUUACACUGACAAAGGUGAAAAGCACGAGCAGGGCAGGUUUGUCUGCUUUGACCACAUCACUUUCUGGGUUGGAAAUGCAAAACAGGCCGCAUCUUACUACUGUAAUAAGUUGGGUUUUGAACCCAUUGCAUAUCGAGGGCUGGAGACAGGCAGUCGUGAUAUAGUGUCUCACGUUGUGAAACAGGGGAAGAUUAUUUAUGUCUUUACCUCUGCAUUGAAUCCUGGAAAUAAGGAGAUUGGGGAUCACCUGGUGAAACAUGGAGAUGGUGUUAAAGAUAUAGCGUUCACUGUAGAGAACUGUGAGUUCCUGGUGGAGAAAGCAAAAGAAAGAGGUGCCAUCAUCAAUCAAGAGCCUCAUGUUGUGGAGGAUAAGUUUGGAAGGGUGAAACUGGCAGUGGUGCGGACAUAUGGUGAUACAACUCACACAUUCAUAGAGCGGGCAGGGUAUAAUGGGCUCUUCCUCCCAGGAUUUCACCCUCCUCUUUUCUGUGACCCUUUCUUGGCAAAACUGCCAAGCGGCAAGCUUGACUUCAUUGACCAUGUGGUUGGAAAUCAGCCAGACAAUGAGAUGGUGCCAGUUGUAGAAUGGUAUCAGAGGAACCUGCUGUUCCACCGAUUCUGGUCUGUAGAUGACAAGCAGUUACAGACUGAUUACAGUGCACUUCGCUCCAUAGUUGUUGCCAACUAUGAAGAAACUGUGAAAAUGCCAAUCAAUGAACCUGCCAUGGGCAAGCGCAAGUCCCAGAUCCAGGAAUAUGUGGAAUACUAUGGUGGUCCAGGGGUUCAACACAUUGCCAUGAACACCUCUGACAUCAUUACUGCAAUCCGUAACCUAAAGGAACGUGGCAUGGAGUUCAUGUCAGUGCCUGACACUUACUACCAGCAGCUCAAAGAAAAUCUGAAGCAUUCCAAGGUCAGAAUUGUUGAGGACAUCAGCAUACUGGAGGAAUUAAAAAUCUUGGUGGAUUAUGACGACAAUGGCUACCUGCUCCAGAUCUUCACCAAACCAGUGCAAGAUAGACCAACUGUGUUUCUAGAAGUCAUUCAGAGACACAAUCAUCAAGGGUUUGGUGCUGGAAAUUUCAAAUCUCUGUUUGAGGCAAUUGAAGCUGACCAGAAUGCUCGAGGAAACCUCACCAUCCUUACAGCCAACGGCACAUCAGAGAAACUCUAAAUGGGCCCUUUAGAGGAAUGACACACUAAAAUAGGCCUACACAUAUCUAAAGAUGCACAGUAAACUUAAUGUUAUAGUGUUUAAAAUAGUCAUAUUUUUGUCCCUUUAAAGGCAUUGUUCAUCCAAAAAUAAAAAAAUUCUCAUCAUUCACCCUCAUGCUAUCCCAGAUGCGUGUGACUUUCUUUUAUCUGCUGAACUUGAAUGAAGAUUUUUAGAAGAAUCUUUCAGCUCUUUUGGUCCAUACAAUGCAAGUGAAUGAGUGCCAGAAUUUUGAAGCUCUAAAAAUCAAACAAGUCAGCAUUAAAUAAUCCAUAAGACUCCAGUGGUUAAAUCCAUAUCUUCAGAAGUGAUAUGAUAGGUGUGGGUAAGAAAGAGAUAACAUUUUAAGUCAUUUUUUACUAUAAAUUCUCCAUCCUUCGCAGUCAAUCUCCACUUUAACUUUCACAUUCUUCUUCUUGUGUUUUUGGUGAUUCACAUGCAUAUAGCCCCUACUUGACAGGGUGAAGAAUUUCUAGCAAAAAGGACUUAAAUUCUCACUAACCCAGACCUAUCAUAUUGCUUCUGAAGAUAUGGAUUAAAACAUUGGAGUCGUAUGGAUUACUUUUGUGCUGCCUUUAUGUGCUUUUUAGAGUGUCAAAGUUUUGCCACCUGUUCACUUGCAUUGUAUGGACCUACAGAGCUGAAAUAUUACUCUAAAAAUCUUAAUUUGUGUUUUGCAGAAGAAAGUCAAACACAUAUGGGAUGGCAUGAGGGUUCAUUUUUGGGUGAACUAUCACUUUAAAACACUCUGGAAAGCUUCUGUUAAUGCAAGCAUUGUGCCAUAAUAUUUUGUACCACCAGUUUUGUCUUUAAAUGACUUUACCUGUUCUGAUACAAAAAUCAAUAUCUCUGAUGUAAUAAAGGGCUUUUUUUUUAAGUGGACGGACUUUGUAGCAGCAAGAGUUGAAAUCAGUCAAAGUUUUGUUCCAAAAGUCGCUAUAAGAUCAUUUAAAGAAGAUGUCGAUUUCUUUGUCGAUAUAUAUAUGUAUGUAUGUAUGUAUGUAUGUAUGUAUGUAUGUAUGUAUGUAUGUAUGUAUGUAUCUAUGUAUAUCUAUCUAUAUAUCUAUCUAUUCGCUAAUCUUCGCUUAUGUUUUUCAGCGAAAAAUAGCCUAUUGGUGUUGAGUCCCUGUAUGUACUAAGUAACACCAUCGAUGGGGAAUUAGCUCAAAUGGUAGAGCGCUCGCUUAGCAUGCGAGAGGUAGCGGGAUCGAUGCCCGCAUUCUCCAAAAGGUCUAUUUUUUCUUCUCGUUUGAAUGUUUGUAAAUCAAAGUUAUAUAUUGUUUGCACUUAGAUAGUGAAGUGUAUUUUUCAAGGGAAAUUACAUAACUCAGUCAACGCUGGCAUUAACGGACACUGAUUAAAAGAAUAGUGGAUUGAUAUGGAGUAAGGUCUGUUCGGAGACAAUAUAAACAAUUAUUUCGAAAC